CAUGGCCGGUCCCAGUGGGAGGAUUUCCACUUCUCCAAGUAAACAAGUUCUUAGUGAUGUUCGAAAGCACAUACAGUCAGGCGAUGCAGAGAAAUUAUUCGGAGAUGAAAGUUUUGUUCUCGAUUUUAUAAAGCUUCUUUAUGAAGACUCCAUUGAUAAGGGAAUGAGAACAGAACUGGUUUUAUCACUAGAAGAAUAUGGAUGCCUUUCUUUAAACAGCAACAGCGUGGAGCAGGUGAUAUCAUCUCUAGUUGAUAUAUUUAAUCAGAAUGUGAAUAAAGAAGGAAGAUGUAACUUCUGUCUACAGUUGAUCAUCUGUUUUACAACCAUAACAAUACACCAUCAUCAAGUGGGGACAUCAUUAGGUGGUAAUGUUAUCAGUAGAUUAUGGAAUGUUAUAAAGAAUGUCAAUCACGUACCAAGUCGUAGAAUUCGUGGAUGUUGUUGUCAAAGUUUGAUACAGUUAGAAAAUUCAGCUCCUGGUAUAUUACAAAAAUAUAAAGAUGAAUUAUUAAGUUUAGUAAAACAGGAGAAGACACAUGUUGGUCAGGACUAUAUACAGUUGUUGUCUACAGUUCUUCAGGCUGCUCUAUCAAAAGAUGAUAAUGGUACAAAGACAGAACAAGAAAAAGACAAGGCAGUAGUGGAGAGAAGUACGUCUUUAAUUGAUAGUCAGGAAUUACUACCAGAUAUAUCCUAUAUAAUGGAGAAUGUGGCGCUGGUUACGUCAGCGGGUCUUUGGUCAAUUAUUAAAUCGUUAACCAAUAUUUUACAGUCUUCCACCGAUAUUUCUCCUUCUAUAUUUAAACAACUGAUAUUACAUCACAUGGCCACACUGGAUCCAAUGGUAUUUCACCUGAUUCUUUAUCUUCAGAAAGAAUUUGAAGGAGAAGUUCUUACAUCACCUGAAGAGCAACAAUUAUUAUUACGACUUGUUACAUGUGUCAAUCAUCCCUUGCUAAGUCCUGCCCAUAGACUUCUCUUUGUCCAAUGGUUAAAAGGAUAUGAAAUUUAUGGCUCAGAAGUUAAAGACACCAAAUUACCAGAGUUUGUUUGUCACAAUUAUCAAGACAAGUUCUAUCCUGGUGAUUUUGAUAGUCUAGAUCUACAAGUAGGGAAACUAUCACUGCUAUGUUCCAGUAAAAGGCAGGAUCAAGGAGAAGAUUUUAACACAAAAUUAUUUCGAUGUUCACAUUUUAUUUACAGCUUUCAAGGGAUUGAAUAUUUCAAUUAA